AGGCCACCUCCGGUGACUCAGUUGGCCUGGGUUGGUCGGCGUCGGGAGCAUUUGGGUCAGCCGCGUACGCGUCGGGCAGGCCGAGGCUUCGACGUAGAAACCACGUGGUGGACAAAGUCGUGCGCCACAGUCUUGAUCUUGAAAGGCUCCAGACUGGCCCCGCGCGCUGCGCUGGCGGUCGCUCGCACUGCAAGUCUCGAGUCUCGUCUCGCGUUCGCUCGAAAUAUCCUGCGCCGCUUCCAUGGGGCCUUCCCUUUGCCCUUGCGCGUAGCCGCGGCUAUAUAUACCAGAGGCGUCAGGUUCAUCGUCUGAGGCGAGGAACAACGAUCGGUCGAGGAGAUCUUGGACUUGCUUCGCUCGAAUUCGGGUUCAGGAAGUGACGCAGGGGAGACAUGGCCUCGUUUGUCUUCGCCAAGGCUUUCGCCAACGCCGGUGCGGUUGCAACAAUGACAGGAUUUGCUUCUACUGCUCUCGUGUACGUCGGCAAGAAAGCGUUUGCGCUUGAGAAGGAAGGUCCAGUUGCUCAGAGUCCGAAGACAGUUGUGCCGAGACAGAGGAAGCUCGGACUUUCGAUCGCACCUCAAUUCGAUGGUCUGAAUUGCUUUGAAACCAUGGUUUCGAAGUGAAGCAGAAAACCUCACGGAUCUGAAGCUGAACGGGGGAUAUGGGUAGCUUACAGCGCCAAAUGUUGGUCCAUGUAACCCUUUAAUCAUUAAUUUCAUGGCUCUGUAGAAUAUCUAAUCACUCUAGCCGUUUAACAGAAUUAAGAACAAAAGUCACCCAUCAUUACAUUCUUUGGUGCUGUCUUGGAUGGAACUUGAAUUAGUGAGGCAGACACCCCUGUUUGAACAGAUUACUCUUCCAAUUAAAUCGACUAUUUUGUCGUAGUUUGAGUAGAGAAGCAUUCUUGGUAUUGUUUACCGGUAUAUGUUAGCGUCCCUCCUCCUGGGAUGUGGAAAUUUUGAUACUGUUGUAUUUUACAUUUAUCGAUUAAUUGAAAGGAAAAUUGGCAUUGCCAGUUGAUUGC